GCUCACUUUGCAAGCACAAUCGUUUGGGUGUUACUGUUAAAAAGAAGAAAGAAAAGAAAUGUAAAGACAAAUACAUUUUUUCAAUGAUAUUUUUUUCAAUAAAAUAACGGAUUCAAGCGUAAUAUUGAGGAGUGAGACUUACAAGGAACUUUGUAGUAAAUUAGUACCAACCAUACUUUUUACAUGUUAUGCAAUACACGAUUGAUUAAUAAGGAUAGCGUUACGAUGUCCAUUGCACUUAUUCACAGACUAACCUUGGUUCAUCAUCAUCAAUCAUGGUUAUCCAGUCAAAAGAAUUGCGAAGAAUUAAGUAAAAUGUCUUUUGGGAACCAAGAAAUCACCAUGGCAACGAGAAUGCCCUCCCUCAUCCAACAGGUGGCAAUUUUCCUGGGCGCUGAUUGGUGCAAACGAACAAGCCCCCGACGUUCCAUCGUACCUGGCAACGCGUACGUACAAAAUUUGGCGGGAACGGCAGAAAAAGUUGUUUUUUUACUCGCAAAUCCUCCAAGAAAACAAUCCAAAAUGUUGAAAUCCGCGCUGAAACCUGCAAGUGUACGAAGUCCAUGGUAGUCCCAGUGCGAUCUUCUUGCUUCGACCCAACUUUCUAAGACACAAUAUUUCCAAGACAGACUUUUGGAACGACGUAUUUCCUUGAAGACGCUAGUAUCUCAAGUAAAUCCGAAAGUCUUGAAUACCGUCUUAGCCGUUGGAACCUCCUUGCCGGUGUCUAAUUUAGGUUAGUUUGAACCAUCAGACGACUUUUUAGGUCAGAAAUGCGGCCACGCGAUUGGCUGAUGAGAAAUGGCGCCAUCAGGCCACCUCCUCACGUGAUGACGUCAGUUGAUUAGAACCCGAAAACUCGCGCGCUGAUUGGUCAGAUUUGACCCCCGCGCACGCGCCCACCAACCAAAACAAAGAGGUCACCCUCUAGGCAGAAUCGUCCGAUUCUCGUGAACAUAUAGACUUUUUAUAUCGCUUUUUGCUCAAAUUGCUGGGAGAUACGGCAAAGACUAGACGUUCUGUGCGUCUGCAAGGAUAUCGAGAACCUUUUGGGAGAUUUUGGAGGCCAGGAGAUUGAGAAAAAGACAGACAAGAUGCCAGGAUCUGCGGGAAAGAGGAAAGCCGAGAACUGCUGGCCCGAUGACGUUGGCAUUGUCGCCAUGGAGAUGUACUUCCCCGCCCAGUACGUCGACCAAUCACAGCUCGAGGAGUACGACGGCGUAUCUUCGGGGAAGUACACGAUCGGCCUGGGUCAACAGAAGAUGGGGUUCUGCAGCGAUAGAGAAGACAUCAACUCUCUCUGCCUCACUGCUGUGCAAAACCUCAUGGAGCGCAACAAUGUUUCCUACGAGAACAUCGGCCGACUCGAGGUUGGCACAGAGACAAUCAUUGACAAGUCGAAGAGCGUGAAGACGGUUUUGAUGCAGCUGUUUGCCGAGUCUGGGAACACGAACGUGGAGGGAAUCGACACAACCAACGCCUGCUUCGGGGGGACCCAGGCCCUGUUCAACUCUCUCGCUUGGGUGGAGUCUAGUGCCUGGGAUGGUCGGUAUGCCCUAGCAGUGGCGGGUGAUAUCGCCGUCUACGCGACCGGGAACGCUCGACCAACAGGAGGGGCCGGAGCUGUAGCCAUGCUGAUUGGUCCUAACGCUCCUCUGGUCAUCGAGAGAGGCCUGCGUGCGACUCACAUGCAGCAUGCGUAUGACUUCUACAAACCAGACAUGGUGUCGGAGUACCCAGUUGUGGACGGGAAGCUGUCUAUUCAGUGUUACCUGGGCGCGCUGGACAGGUGCUACAGACUUUACAAACACAAGGUGCACACUGUGGAAGAAGGCCGUACGUCCCCCCUGACCCUAGAAGACAUUGACUACUGCCUGUUCCACACUCCUUACUGCAAACUGGUGCAGAAGUCCUUCGCAAGGCUCUACUUUAACGACUUCUUAGACGCAGCCAAAGAUGACCCCAAGUACACCGGACUGGAGGCCUUUAGGGACUUAAAGUUGGAGGACACUUUCUCCAACAAGGAUCUUGAGAAGGCUUUUGUGAAUGCCAGUAAGGAUCUGUUCAACAGUAAGACCAAACUGGCCCUGCUGCUGGCCACACAAGUGGGAAACAUGUACACACCUUCACUGUACUCUGGACUGGCUUCUCUACUGUAUAGUAAAUCUGCAGCCGACCUUGCGGGUAGAAGGGUCGGGUUCUUUUCCUAUGGCUCCGGUCUGGCGUCCGCCAUGUUCUCUGUACGGGUAUCCCAGGAUGCAACACCGGGGUCGCAGCUGGAGAGGCUUGUAGGGAGCUUCUCUGACCUUCAGGCCAGGCUGGACUCCAGGAAGUGCUUUUCCCCUGCUGACUUUGCAGAGAUGAUGAAACUCAGGGAAGACACGCAUCACUUAGCAAAGUACACCCCAGUAGGGUCAGUAGAAGACCUGUUCCCUGGUACCUGGUACCUCACACAUGUAGAUGAGAUGCAUCGCAGACAGUACAGUCGCACGCCUGUAUCACUCAGAGCCGGCGCCAGGGACGGCACAGAAGCCCCCGCAUCCGAAACACCGCAUAUAGAGAGUUCCUCCCUACCUCAGAAGAAGUCCUCCCAGGAGCCGGCACCGAGCACGUCUUCUUCCUUCGACGGGGAGCUCUGAGGACACGCAGGGAAGUGGAGACGUCUUAACUUUGUUCUUACCGCACAACACCUGGGAGUACUUAGUACACAAGUCGUCUUAGACAGGGAAAUUGUUCCUCAAGCGACUGGAUAGAUUUUAGAAACUGUCAGACGUAUUAAGUUUCUACUACUUUUCAUCAGUUCGUCUUCAUCUUUGGUACCCCCAAAUAACCCCACGAUGGGUGCCGUUAGGGGGGGGAGGGGGUCCAGGCUAAGGCGGGCAUGC